GCAAAUGUGGCGGAACAUUGCUGAUGGCUUCUGGAAGCGGUGGCAGUUUCCGAACUGCCUCGGAUCAGUGGAUGGCAAGCAUGUUCAGAUUGUGGCACCAGCAAACUCUGGCAGCCUAUACUACAAUUAUAAGGGCACAUUUUCAAUCGUGCUUAUGGCUGUAGCAGACAGCGGAUAUCUGUUUCGUCUCAUUGACGUUGGGGCUCCUGGCCGCAUAAUUGAUGGAGGCGUCUUCAAAUGCUCUCCGAUUGGCCGACAACUGCAUGCUGGUCUGCUGCAGCUGCCUUCACAUUCACAGCUGCCUGGCUCCCACAAAACACUCCCGUUUGCCUUUAUAGGGGACGAGGCUUUUCAGCUGCGAGAAGAUUUUAUGAGACCAUUCCCUGGAUAUAGGGAAGACCCUGCUGAGCGAAUAUUCAAUUACCGUCUGAGCCGUGCACGGAGAUGUGUAGAGAACGCCUUUGGCAUUCUGCGGGCACGGUUCAGAAUCUUUCGUGGCCCCAUCAGCCUCAGUCCUGAAAAGGCCAAACGGGCUGUGAAGGCAACGUGCAUGUUGCACAAUUUUUUGUGCAUGGAGUCCAAUGGACGCUCUUCAUAUAGCCCAGUUGGAUUUGCCGACCAUGAAGAUGUAUAUGGUAAUAUGAUUGACGGUUCGUGGAGAGCAACAACCUACACAGAUUCGGCAGCAUUUGGCCUGCAGCCAACGCAUGCACGCAAGUGUGCUCGCUCGGCAUUGCAGGUGCGCAAGCAGUAUGCAGCGUACUUCGCGAAUAAAGGAAAAGUUCCCUGGCAGUGGAAAUUGCUGGAAAUUGAUGAACCCGCUGAUGAAGAAGUGCAAGAAUAGUGCCUCAAUAUUGUGGAACUAGUCUUCUGGAAAAAGAUGUGAGGUGUCAGAAGAAAAAUUGUAUUGCAAUAAAUGUGUCUUUAACU